UCGACGGAGGGCAUCCUCACGCGAAACCAUCCUCUGAUUCCCCCUCCCCUCGUCCCAUCCAGAUCUUUCUGUCAUCGUUUCUCCCCCCACUCCGAAUCCCUCCCUCCUCUCUCUGUGAAGGUACGUGCCGCACGCCCGCAUCCAUCUUCCUCCUCUCCGCACACCCCUUCUAAUCCCAACACCACACCCAUCCGCUCAGCAGGUCCUCACCGACGUGCCCGCCGCCACGGCCCUCCCUCCAAAUCGUCGCCGACCCGAGAAUCUCCGUUCAACAGCAAGGUCAUGGCAGAAACCAUAGAUCUAACAGGGGAUGGAGGCGUUCUUAAGACGGUGGUCAGAAAAGCAAAGGAUGAUGCUAUAAGCCCAUCUGAUAGCCUUCCAUUGGUUGAUGUUCAUUAUGAAGGGACACUUGCUGAAAAUGGCGAAGUUUUUGACACCACACAUGAAGACAAUUCUAUUUUUUCAUUUGAAGUUGGCCAGGGAGCUGUCAUUAAAGCAUGGGAUAUAGCCUUAAGAACUAUGAAAGUUGGCGAGAUUGCAAAAAUAACAUGCAGGCCGGAAUAUGCGUAUGGAAGUCCAGGCUCGCCGCCAGAGAUACCAGCGAAUGCAACACUCAUUUUUGAGGUGGAAUUACUGGCUUGCAAGCCAAGGAAAGGUUCAAGUCUGGGCAGUGUAUCUGAUGAGAAAGCCAGGCUAGAGGAGCUUAAGAAACAGCGGGAGCUGUCUGCCGCCACCAAAGAGGAAGAGAAGAAGAAGAGGGAGGAGGCAAAGGCCGCGGCAGCGGCUCGUGUGCAAGCCAAACUUGACGCCAAGAAGGGCAAGGGAAAAGGAAAGGGCAAAUAGAUUACUCCCAACUGAUGUAUUAGUCGUUGCAUUUGCUGCUGAGUGCUACUGUUGUAACCUACUCCCUCCGUCUCAUCAAAAAACAUUUUACAUUAUGGGAUGUAGUAGUAGAAAAUAAUCUGCACAAAGCAUAGAUUGCCUGUUGCCUUGUUGGCUACUGUGCUUCGGGGGAGAUGGCGUAUGUUGCCCAGCACCAGCCUUACUGAAAACAUUAAAUAAUCACAGCAAUCUUCUCUUGGUUUUUA